AUGCCUCUCAAACUCGAGGACUACGACAUCAGCUCGACAAAUGGGUUCUUGCCUACCCAGGCCCCGCUGGCAAGGCUGCCCGACCCGUACUAUGAGCCUUGGGAGAGGAUCGUAGACAAGUUCAACCAGCAUAUGCUUGCCGGCCGAAUUCGACCACUGGUGGAUAAGAUGCCUGUUCUGGACACCGGAAAGCUGGCAACGAUGGCUGAGUAUCAGCGUGCAUUCACUCUUCUGAGCUUUCUGGCCCACGCGUAUGUGAGAGGGUAUAACAGUGCCAAAACAGAGGGGGUUUCUCAGACGUUGCCAGAAUCAAUCUCCGUGCCAUGGGUGUCCGUAGCUAAUAUCCUCGAGAUGAACCCAGUUAUCUGCCUUGCAUCCCUGUGCCAUUGGAAUUGGCAGCAUCUGGAUUACAUGGCCAAAGACAUGAUGGAUAUUAGCAACCUUGGUACGCAGUUCACUUUUACUGGCUCAACAGAUGAGUCUUGGUUCUAUCUGAUCCCAACAGCGAUAGAGGCUAAGGGUGCACGCGGGAUCAAUGCGAUUCUGCAUGGAAUCGAGGGUGUCAGGAACAACGACAUACAACAAGUCACUUGGGCAUUACACGACAUGUCCCAGUCACUUCAGGAAAUGAUUGCCAUCCUUCAGCGCAUGUAUGAGCGGUGUGAUCCACACGUGUUUUAUUGGAACUUCCGCAAGUAUAUGAGCGGUUGGAAUGAUGCGGAUGAGUUUCCACAUGGCCUAAAGUACGAAGAUGCAAACGAUGGCCAAUUUUUCAAGUUCUCGGGUGGAAGUGCCGCACAGACUCCGCUAAUGCAAGCAUUCGACGUUGCUCUGGGCACUAGACACUAUCCAACCUGGCGAGCGCGGCUUGCAGAGCUCGAAGCAGAGCCUCAGCCGCCACCAGCCAACUCCUACCUGUUGAGCACUCGCGAUUACAUGCCGGCUGGGCACCGCAGGUUCUUGGAGGACUUGGCAGCCAUCUGUAUGAUCCGCGAGUUUUGGUUGCUGAGAACGCGGAUGGCAAUCGGACGCAUUGCUCUGCGUCAGGAAUAUAACCAGUGUGUCGAGUUGAUGAGGGGGUUCCGCGAUAAGCACAUUAUGAUCGUGUCGCGGUAUGCCUCUGCUAAGGGCACUGGUGGUACCAAUGCAAUUCAGUUCCUGAGGCAGAUUCGCACGGAAACGAACCAACACCGCUAUUAA